AUGCUGGCGCCUGCGACGCUUGCUAUUUGCUGUCGGGCCGCCAUUGCACGCUUGCAGCCGAUCGCAUCGCCCUUUGCAGCGCUGGUGGAAGCCGUCGCGGGCGUGCGCCUUCGCAGAGAGCCUGCCGAGCAUGCGACGGGGUGCGCUGCAUCGCUGCAUCGCUGCAUCGCUGGUUUGCGUGUCAUCGCCCGCCGGCGGACUGCCUCCUCUCAGCCCUCCCCGCUCCUUGAUUGCGCAUGCUGCGAGGAGUCCCCGCUGAUGCCAGCUCCGCCAAUUACCACGAUGCUGUUAGCUCCAUCGUGCCGCGGGCUGCCUGCCGCGUAUUGGCUGUCUCCUUUCGUGGCUCCGAGACGGCCGUCCGAAAGCGGGCCAUUUUGCUCCCUGAGCCGUGUCAAGCGGCCCUCUUGCAGUCAUUUUGCGGACAUGGCUGCCUCGAUCUUCAGCCUGGCCAUUGGCCGACGCGACCGCUAUCUCAGCUCGGACCGCCUCUGUAUUGCGGCAUUCAUCUAUCUGGAUGUCCGGCUUUCAUCAUCAUCAGCCCAGAUUCGCAUCGUUCCACGGUGGACUGAAUAUGACGCUGCGAACGGCAGCACGUAA